AUGGGCGACCGCAUAACCCACAUCACCGGUAACAACGCCUCAGGCAACUCACGCCAACACAACGGUAACGUCUUUAGCGGAAACACAUUCAACUACGGAGCCUCACCCACUCCAUCCGAACCCCAAGCCCGCCUCGCAGACGAUGGUCCCAAAUCCCGCCCACCAGACCUCGCAGCCGGCGCCCGACCGCGGACCUUGGACGAUUUCCGCAUCGCCAUCAUCUGCGCUUUACAAAUCGAAUUCGACGCCGUAGACAUCCUCCUCGAAGAAGUAUACGAAGGAGAAGACGCAUUCCGACCACGCCAUCCCGACACAAACACCUAUACUUUUGGCAGAUUGGGCGGGAAACCCGUCGUGCUCGUCAACCUCCCAUCCAUGGGAAAAGUCAGUGCAGCGACGGUAGCCACAAAUUUAGGAAUCACUUUUAAAUACAUCGAAAUCGCAUUUCUGACGGGAAUUUGCGGUGGUGCUCCACACGACGAUCGAGGAAACAAGAUUCAGUACGGUGAUGUGAUUAUCGGGAAACAAGUGAUUCAAGAAGAUUUCGGGAGGUUGAUGGAUGAUGGAAUGCAUAGGAAAACAGAAGUCGAAGAUGUGUUGGGAAGAUUACCGCCCCGGAUCAGGCAAUGGAUCGGUGCGUUGAGUGGAUGGAGGAAUUUGAAAGGUUUGAAAAGUGAUGUGACGGUGAUUUUGGAGAAGACGUUUCAGGAUGCGGAGUUUGUGAAAAUGUUUGCGUUUCCGGAACGACGGGAGGGGGAAGUUGGGAGGUCGGAGUUGCAGAUUUUUUUGGGGAGGGUGGCGACGAGUGAUGCUGUGCUUAAAAGUGCGGAGAGGAGGGAUCGGAUGAUUGAGCAGGAUAAGGUGAUUGGGUUUGAGAUGGAGAGUGCGGGAAUGUGGGAUCAGUUGCCUACGGUGCUUGUCAAGAGUGUGUGUGAUUUUGCUAAUGUGCAGAAGAGUAAGGAGUGGCAGCCUUUUGCGGCGCUGACGGCCGCGGCGACUACGCAGGCUAUGGUUAGGAAAUGGACGUUUCAGGUUUAUAGUUGA